CCAAGAUAGCGCAGCGGCAGCCGCGGCCGGCCGGUUCGUUCGCCGCCAGCGAGGACGGCGAGGAGGCCGAAAUACCACAGUGAGCAAUAGUGUGGCUUCCGCGGGUCGCCCUGUCUUGGACGCUAUCAUCUUACGAGCGGUUUGGGCUGUCCUGGGCGACGUCGUGCGUAGACCUUCCGUGCCUUGUGCUGUGCGAGCAAGACGUGCUCCGUUCCUCCGAGUCGCCGUGCGUUCGAGUCGACGACGCCUUGUGGAUACGUGAAUCCGUGCGUGGCCUGCGGCGGCGGGGUUACCGCGGUGACGGGCUUCGUGAGGCGACGCCGUGGCGCUGGAUUUGGAUGCUAGCCAGGAGACGUCUAGACCACGUGCUGCGGCCGGGGCUUGUCUCGACGCUCUUGCGAGGCCCGGCGCGAGCGAUGACAUAGCGGCCACCCCGCCAAGCCGUCGGCGAUGACGUCUGUGCCGGCGGUACCGGAGUUCCGGGACGCCGACCAGUGCCGCCAGCACGGCGUCGAGAUCCUGCGGCCCAAGCCGAGGCGCCUCGGAGACCUGAGCCGGUCGUCGCAGGCGUCGCCUCACGACCUAAGGAUGCCAGCCGAAGGCGCCGCGUCGUCGUCGCCAUCCGCCGGCACGUCUCAUCUGAAGGCUCUGCACCGGGACAUGGUCGGCGGGUCGGCGCCCUCCCUCUCCAAGUUCUCCGGGAGGGAGCUGUCCUUGUGUCCGACGCCCAGCAAGGCCGAGACGAGGCAGUGCUCGUCGGCUGCCGCGGCCACGUCGUCCCCGGGUCCGCACUCGACGACUCCGGUGCGCGAGGCCUCCCCCGGACUUGGCCUGGCCGUGUCCAGGUCGCCCGCCGCCAAGAUGUCCCUCGGACAGGCCCCUGCAUCGCCGGCCAGGACAGAGGACCACGACGAGGGCUUUCCUCUGGACGCAAACUUCUCGGGCUACAGAGACUUCGCUUCCAACACGGACUGUGGAUCGCUGAGCAAAAGCUCCUCGGAUGGAGACCCAGUGGUCUGCCGACGCAAGCCGCUGGCGAGGCUCAAGUCCCGUCGCAAGAAUAUUCUCAGCUUCCCGCUGAACCCAGAUGACUCGCGAUUUCCCGUUCGAAGACGAGACUUCUACGCCGGCUCUUCUUCGGACGAAAACAGGUCAUCGGGGCACGCGAGCAUGAGCGAUGGCCAGUCGUCGUCGUACGCGUCGUCGGUGUCUCCGCCUACGUACAUCGACCUGGUGCGGGGACACCACGACCCCACAGUUCCUUCGUCCAAGUCCUUACACAACGUCCCUGGCCAUCUCAAGGUCGUCCCCGAAGACGACCGCGUCCUCCAGCAGCUGUGUUCAUCGUCGUCGUCCCGCCUGUCCCGCCGGCCGCAAGCGCCAUCUUCCUCCAGUCGCCGUGGGUACCGGGGGAACGUGUACGAACUCCACGAAUCUUCGCCGUCUGCCAACCUCGAUGACAUCCGGCAGGCCGUUGAACAGUUGGCUGCACGAACGCAGCAGGGCAGCGGCGGCGGUGGCUACUCGACGUCGACGUACUCCUCCGACGCAGAGCCCACGGUGCGGCGGCUGAUGCGGCACUCCAGCCUGGAGACCAUCAAUACCAACAUCACGAGUGCCGAAGAGUUCGUCUGGGUGGACAACCACGCGAGGCUGGUGGAGAUGCAGCAAGUACCGUGGAACAAUCACGACGUGCUCAGGGUGCUGCAGAACGGGAGGCUCAAGGACCACCUCCGGAGGAUCUCCAUGGAAGUGGUGCCGAGGCUGGCGUUCCUGCUCCAGCGGCCCCUUGUCAGGGUUGCUAGAGAAGCCCAGAGGUUCUCCCGCGCCCUGGGCGUGUGCGGCACGCGGCAGGUGAGCGGUGCCUUGAGCGUGGUGCUGGCGCCCAGCCUGGCCGAGAGCUGCGUGAGCGCCUGCCACCGGGCGGCGGCCAUCUACAACUCGUCGUGCGACCAGCUGCGGCUGAACAAGAGCGCCCGAGCGGGCCUCCAGCUCCCCGUGGGCCGGUUCCAGCGCUGGGCAUGCGACGUGCGGCUCGCGCCGUACGUGCACGAGUACGCGGCCCUGUACUUGACGGCGGCCACGGAGAACCUGCUCGAGGAGCUGGUGCUCCACUGCCUGCCCCCGGAGACCAUGCUCACGUCGGCGGCGCUCGAGGCGGCCAUCUCGCUCAGCGGGGACCUCUGGGGGCUGUUCCAGCCGUUCGCCCACCUGAACGCCGGCAGGACGGCCACCGGUGCGCUGUCGAUGCCUCAGUGGCCCGGCCCGUGUGGCGCUAGCUCCUGCGGCCCCUCGUCGAGCAAGUCCCAUCGCCAGGCAAAGGACGAUCCCGGGGGCGAGUCACACGACCAGAACUUCCUCACCACCUGCGUGGGGAGCCUCUCGGAACUGGGGGAGCUCCUGAGCGGCAUGGUGCAGCUGUACAGGCGCAAGACAGGCGCGCCCAGGGCGCCGCUCACCUGGUGCUCAGGGGCGCUCCACGCGCUCUUCCACUACAUGCGCUGUUCACAGCUGGAGCACUCGGAGCACGGAUCGUCCCGCAGGGCCAUGGGGCCGGAACUCAUCUACGAGAGGCCCUACCAGGUGCUGCCCCCUCUGGUAGAAUGGGUCCGCGUGGCACACGCGCAUGCGGAACACCGGCGCUCGCCCAUCGUGGACCAAGACGACGUGAUGCAGGCUGCCAGGUUACUCUUGCCAGGCGUCGACUGCCCCGUGCGAGCCUUCGGUGUCCCCAUUUGUGUGAAUAUAGUUAAAAUAAAUCCUGGACAGUUCAGUCAGGUUCGCAAUGCUCAAUACUUUUACUUAGUGCUGGGCGUCGAUUAA